AAAAUCGUCUUCGUCUCGGUUGGAACAGCGUCCGUUCCGCGAAAAAUUUUAAAAUAAUAAUUGAACCGUAAAUAUAUGGUAAAUAAGGUGUUGGAAACAGUAAAUAUGCGCAAACGCAAAUUGUAUAUACUUUGAACAAUUCUGAAAAGGCGCUGCCAACAGCAUAAACAAGGAAUUGCAACUUUUGUUGUGCGCAGACCACAGAUCACAGCACAUAAACACAUAACAUGGAUAUGCAAGUCAAGUGUAGAGAUUAGUUGAAUGCUUUGAAUUUCAAAUUCAAUAUACUAAAUUAACUGUAAUUAGUCUAGUUGACUAGCCCAAGCGCGGCUACAAGCCAGCCACAAUAAAUAGCAGGCACAAACUAAGAGAAGUUUUUAAACGUGAACUUUUUGUGCAACCACAACAACAACAACAACAACAACCACCACCACAUUGUCAAUAAAAAGAAAGAAGGGAGGGAAGGACACACAUACACCUAAGGCCAAACCAUGACGACUGACACCCGCCGACGUGUUAAGCUUUAUGCGCUGAAUGCAGAGCGCCAAUGGGAUGAUCGUGGCACUGGCCACGUCUCUUCCACGUAUGUGGAGCGUCUCAAGGGCACUUCGCUGCUGGUUCGUGCCGAAUCAGAUGGUUCCUUAUUGCUGGAGAGUAAGAUUCAGCCAGAUACCGCCUACCAGAAGCAACAGGAUACGCUGAUUGUCUGGUCGGAGGGCGAUAAUUUUGAUCUGGCGCUGAGUUUUCAGGAGAAAGCCGGUUGUGAUGAGAUAUGGGAGAAGAUAUGUCAGGUGCAGGGCAAAGAUCCCUCCGUGGAGAUUACGCAGGACAUUGUCGAGGAGUCGGAGGAUGAACGUUUUGAGGAUAUGUCGGAUACAGCACCGCCAAUUGAGUUGCCGCCAUGCGAGCUGUCACGGCUCGAGGACAUAUCCGAGACAAUACAAAGUUGCCUUUCGACGCCGCUGCGCAAGGAGAAGCUCUCCAUGGCCCUGGAAUCUGAGAACUACAUUAAAAAGCUUUUGAAUCUGUUUCAUGUUUGCGAGGAUCUCGAUAACACGGAAGGGUUGCAUCAUCUUUUCGAGAUAUUUAAGAACAUUUUCUUGCUAAACAAGAACGCGCUCUUUGAGAUUAUGUUCGCGGACGAUACCAUCUUCGAUGUUGUUGGCUGCCUGGAGUAUGAUCCUAGUGUGGCACAGCCCAAAAAGCAUCGGCAAUAUCUCAAACAAUGGGCCAAGUUUCGGGAAGCUGUCCCCAUCAAGAACAUGGAUCUAUUGGCCAAAAUACAUCAAACGUUUCGAGUGCAGUACAUUCAGGACAUUAUAUUGCCUACGCCGUCUGUCUUUGUCGAGGAUAAUAUGUUGAACACGUUAUCAAGUUUUAUAUUCUUCAACAAAGUUGAGAUUGUUACGCUCAUCCAGGAGGAUGAACGUUUUCUGCUUGACCUAUUUACCCUGCUCACGGAUCCGGCAACUGGCGAUGUUAAACGGCGUGAUAUCGUUCUAUUUCUAAAAGAGUUUUGCAAUUUUGCACAAAACUUGCAGCCCCAAGGCAAGGAUUCGUUCUACAAAACACUCACCUGUCUGGGCAUAUUGCAGGCCCUCGAGCUGACGCUAGUUAUGAACGACAAUAAAACCAAGUCGGCAUCCAUUGACAUACUCACGGCCAUUGUGGAGUUCUCGCCGUUGGUGGUGCGCAAUUAUACACUGAAUCAAGCCAAUCGGCCGGAGGGCGAGCGAAUGUUGCUGAACAUUGCCAUUGAACAAAUGUUGAACGAUUCGGAACCAGAGCUGGGCAUUGCGGUGCAGUUGAUGGGCAUUAUUAAGAUCCUGCUCGAGCCGGAAAAUAUGCUGACUGAGAAGGGUGAUUUCCUCAACUUCUUCUACAAGUAUAGCGUCCAAACGCUAGUAGCGCCUCUGAUGCUCAAUACGAUGGGGGAUCGUCCACAGAACGAAGAUUAUCAGACGGCCCAGCUGUUGGGCAUUGUGUUGGACAUCUUGUCGUUUUGCGUUGAACACCACAGCUAUCAUAUUAAGAAUUUUUUGCUGCAAAAAGAUCUCCUCAAACGAAUUCUGGUGCUGAUGAAGAGCACACAUACGUUCCUUGUACUUGGCGCCCUGCGGCUGCUACGCAAGAUAAUUGCACUUAAAGAUGAGUUUUAUAACAGGCACAUUGUCAAGUGCAAUCUAUUUGCGCCCGUUGUCGAUGCCUUUAUUCGUAACAAUGGUCGCUAUAAUCUGCUCGAAUCGGCCAUUCUGGAACUAUUUGAGUUUAUAAAACUCGAGGAUAUACGCACGCUGUGCGUAUACUUCGUGGAGAACUUUAGCAAGAUAUUUGAUGAAAUCGAAUAUGUGCAAACAUUUAAAUACCUAAAGAAUCGUUAUGAUCAAUACCAGGAUCGGCUCAAGGAUCGCGACAAGCUGGAAAAUCGCACCGAUGGAAGUUUGCCCAUGAUACGCAGCGGCAAUCGUUUUCGUCGCGAUCAGCGCCAGAUGGAGGAGGAGGAGGAGAUGUGGUUUAAUGAUGAUGAUGACUUUUCCGAGGAAAUCGAUAGCUAUAACAAUGUUAUGAAAUCCGUCAGCGAAAAAAAUGGCCCGCAGCAAACACAAAAUCAGACGGCGCAGCAAAAAUCUUCGCCGCCGCACAGUACAUCACCGCACGGCGGUGGUCUGUUGGGCAAUCUGAAUUCCACAGCGACAGCAACUGCCACCUCAGUAUCAGCGUCGGCGGCAAGUGGCAGCAGCAGCAGCAGCAGCCCCGAGGCGACGAGCAACGCCGCCGCCGUCGCUGCCGCCGAUGAGCAGGCCCAGGCCGCAGUGCAGCUGGCCGCCGCUGCCAACAUUGCAUUGCAGCAGCAACAGCAGCAGCAUCCAUUCCAGCAACAGCAAACUUUGUCCCUGAAUAGCACACUUGUGGCAGCGGCCGCUGCUGCUGCUGUCGCCUCCACAUCGAAUGCGGCUGCUGCGGCGCAGCUGGAAAGUCAACAACUGCAGCAUCAACAACAACAGCAGCAGCAACAACAGCAGCAGCAGCAACAGCCUCAGCCGGAGAUUGCAGAGCUGCAGCAGCAGCUGAGCGCUGUGGUGCCACAGAAUCCGGAGAUGGUGCUGUCUGCCGUCAAUGCCGCGGCAGCAAAUGCAUCCUCGUCAUCGUCGUCGUCCUCUUCGUUAUCUUCAUCAUCAUCGUCAUCGUCAUCGUCGUCAUCAUCAUCAUCCACGUCAUCAAUGGAAGCGUCCACGUUGUCGUCAACACCGCCGCCAACAUCUUUGCCAGCCGCUGCACUGUGCGAUUCGGCGACAGUGGCCGCCGUGGCGGCAUCUCAAUUUUUGACAACGAUUGCAACAGCCAUGGCCGCCUCGGUGACGGCAGCAGCUGCUACUAGCACGCCCAAUCUAACGACAACUGUGGCCAGCGAGGACAGCAACGAGCCGCAGCCGCAGACACAGCCACAGCCACCUGCCACAGAAGCCAGCGAUGCGCUUAAAUUGGAUGUGGAGAAGGCGGCGCUAAGCGCAGAAUCGCCAACGGGCGGCAGCGAGGCGGACAAGGCGACCAAAAAGGGACUGGUGGACUAUGAGAGCGAUUCUGGCGAAGAUGACUAUGAGGAGGACGAGGACUCAGAUGGGCCCCAAGCACAAAAGCGCGCGCGUAUUGCAUAGUAAGGGGCGUUUAGCACAGCGGCAUCAAUUAUAAGAUAGUACACAUACACAACCACACACCCAAUUCUCACACACACACACACUCAUACGACCACACACACACACACACACACUCACCAGCGAAUGCAAGGGUUGAAGAGUGGGCGGAGGAGCAGCAGCAACAAUUGUCAGCCAAGCAUAGAGCGGUACGAUGUAAGAUCGAACAAGAACAAGGAACAACUAAAGCCCGGGUAGAGUUCGGAAGGCUCCCAGUUAAUGGGGGGCGUUUUGCUUGUAAGCGAUCAUGUAAGAAGAAGAACAAGCAAAAAAUAUAAAAUUAAAUUUUAGCCUAAAAUCAUUUAUUUUAAAGAAAGCAAAUCCGAAUGCUAAAAAGUAAAACAAGAAAUUAUAAAAUCUUACUUUACUAAAUUAAAAAAUAUAUAUAUUAUAUAUAUAUGUAUAUAUACAUAUAUGUAUACAUAUGAAAAUGAAUAUAACUUAUAGGGUAUAUAUAAAUAUGCAUAUAUAUAUAUAUGUAUAUAUAUAUAUAUAUUACGUGCACACAAUAGCAAAACGCACUUAUUGAUCAAGAAGAAGAACAAACAACGUUUAUUGCCGUUGUGUGUGCUUAAAAAAAUAAAAACUAAAACAUUAAAAAGAAACCAAAAUAUAUAUAUAUAUAUUUAGAAGUUAAAACUAAAAUAACAAGAACAACGGCAGCAGCGCAAGACAGCAAAAAAAAAAAAAAGAGUGUUUAGGUUCGGUGCUUGAGUUGUCGCUCAUUAAGCUCACAGAUAGACGACCCCCUAAAAAACAAAGCUUGUUUAGUUGGCUGCGCUAGUAGAUGUUGUGUGGAAGAGUAUCGAAAUAUUUUGUGCAAUAUCAUAAGUUGUGGCUAAUUCGAAAGCAAUUGUUAUAAUUAUAUGCUUUUUUGGUAUGUCAAAUGUUAAACAGGCUGUAAAUCUAUUUACUUAAAUAACAGAUGUUAAGCUAAUGCUGUCUAUGUUGCUACAUAAAUAACAGCCGUUAAGCUGAUGUUGCUACAUUAACAUAUGUUGAGCAGAAGCUGCUUAUGUUAUAACAUAAUCAGAUAUGUAAAACAGAAACUGUUAAUAUUUUACAAUUCAGUUCUGUAAUGAUUAGCUGUUUAUGUUGCGACACGGCUCACAGAUGUUAAUCAGACCGCGAUUGGUUAUAACAGCAGCUGUUUAUGUUUAAUUAACAUAUUUUAAGCAACUGCUGUUUAUGUUAUAUGGCUAACAGCGGUUCUCUAAAAAGUCUUAGACAUACGCCUGAUCUGAUGAAAUUUGACUGCUCUAUGCUUAAAAUACUUUUUCUUAAGAUUAUAAAGUAAACAUAACGUUCAGUUAACUCGGAAUUAGUUGUUAAACUUAAACUUUAUUAAUAAUUUUGUAUUUCCACAAUUUUUGGCCCUUCGAACGUUGUGUUAAACGGGUCAAAACUUUGUUGUAGAUACGAAUUGAAUACAUUUAUAUAAUAUUUAAUUUCUUAUAUUUCCCAUUAGGUUAAACAAUUGCUUUUCGAAUGCCACGAACUUAACCCAAAGCCAACUCAACAAAUUUUGUUUUGCGCAUUCACAAAUUUAGCCAUAUAUGUAAAAUGCCCACUUGAACGAUACAAAUGGAUAAAUUAAAUAAACCUUGUAUAUAAUUUAGCGUUAUAUCGAAUUACAAGCUACUUUAUAAAUUAUGAAAUUUGAUUAUGAUUGACAGGCGUGUGACGAUUUGUAAAAUAGCAACAACAAAAAAAAAAGGGGGCGGGGGAGAUUUUUUUCUAGCAAAAAACAACAACUUGUCCUUACGAAACUAAGCAGCAAAAUAUUUUCUAAUUUGUUAAGUCAACCGAGAUGCUGCACCACAAUUUUGCAUUCAACAAAAACAAAACCACACACACACACACACACACACAA